CUUCCUCAGGCAGAGAUUAUUCAUCCUGCGUUUGGCUGUAUCUGCUCCAUGACAUACCAGGCAUGACCCUCUUACAGCACAGAUAAACCUGCGUCCUCCAGAUCCUAACCAUCUCCAGUUAUCACCCCAGCCACAGAACAAGAGAUGGAAGAAAUCGAUUUUGUGAGGUUCAAGCCCUUGCUAGAAGAUUCAAAUGUCCCAUACUCUACUGACACCAUCAAUAUUGAUGAUGGGCGUUAUAAUGCACUACGUGAAGAUCUAGAAGCAGAUGCUCGGGACUUUGAGGCUCCCACCUGGAGUUUAGCUGUUGACCAGCAAUAUUUAAAAGAGUAUUCCAAAGACAACAUUAAAAGACAAGACGUAAUACAUGAGCUGAUUCAGACAGAAAUAAACCAUGUGAGGACACUAAAGCUGGCUUUGGGUGUAUAUGUGCGGGAACUACGCGAGACCCUGCAAAUGGAUGAUAUGCAGCUGGAGAGACUGUUUCCACAGGUGGAUAACUUGCUGCAACUGCACCAGCUUUUCCUCAACCGCCUUAAACAGCGGAGGAUCGAUUCUUUAGAGCCAGACAGCACCCAGAAUUACUGCAUCCACAGUAUUGGAGACAUUUUUAUCGCACAGUUUUCAGGUGAAAUAAGAGACAGACUGCAAUACUGCUAUGGAGUGUUCUGCAGUCACCACACUGAUGCAGUCAACUUCUUCAAAGACUUGAUGCAAAACAGCAAGAAAUUCCAGAGUUUUAUACGAAAAAUUUGUCAACUGUCUAUCGUGCGGAGAUUAGGAAUAUCAGAGAUAAUUCUUCUUAUAACACAGCGCAUCACAAAGUAUCCGGUUUUAUUUGAACGUGUAAUUAAAUACACUGAAGUUGACUCAGAGGAGCAUAGGAACUUGGUACACGGUCUGGUACUGCUGAAAGAAACUAUCUCAAAUGUAAAUACCCAUGUUGAUGAGUUUGAGAAAGCGGCACGGCUCAGGGACUUGAGCAGUAAGCUGGAGCCCAAGUCCCAGGUCAAGACGACCCAUGGGAGAGUGUUCCGCAGAGAGGACAUGCUGCAGGGCGAGAGGAGGCUGCUUCAUGAGGGCGUUCUCAACUGGAGGCUAACGUCUAACAAAAGCAAAGAUGUUCUUGUCUUGCUGUUGUCGGAUGUUUUGCUGCUGUUACUGGAGAAAGAUCAACGACUUACCUUUGCCUCUCUGGAUGGCAAGCCUGCGGUGAUCUCACUGCUAAAGCUUAUCGUGCGUGAAGUGGCUCACGAUGAGAAGGCCUUGUUUCUGAUCUCAGCCUCCUCGGACAAUCCAGGAAUGUAUGAGUUUCACACCUCCUCCGGAGAGGAGCGCAAAACCUGGAGAGACCAAAUCUGGAAGGCUGUGGAACGAUGUCCUGAAGAGGAGAAAGAGGAGCCAGAAGAACUGCCUGAGAGGAUCUGGAACUUUCAAAAGGAGCUUUGUAUGUGUGAUGCCUUGAUAGAGCAGCUCCUCAUAGAGAAGCAGAGUUUAUUCUCCAGCUUCACGGUCUAUGGGACAGGUGUCACCGACAUCUCACCGAGUGAGCGCCCUCUGCUGCAUGGGAUCGUAGCAGAGCCCCUGCAGGGAGAACAACUCCUCACUGGAGCCGUAAAAGAUGUGGAGAUUUUGCAGAACAUGCUGAUAACUUGUGAGCAGGGUCAAACUCCUUCCUCUGGUGAGGGGAUGGAUCUGGUCCCACUAUCCAAGAGACCAGGUGCUGUCACAGGCUUUGACGGUGAUGCCUGCACGCAGCCAGGAAAUGGUAUUGGGAGUUUAAUGGAAAGACAGAGAGACAGAAGUCAGUGGGCCAGCUCGGACCCUGAUGAAAACCAGGAGCUGUCGGCAGAUAAAGAAAUAAUUCCACGAAGUUGUGGUGCAUGUCCUUCAUACUUUCCUAAAGCAGAGCUUUAUGACACAGCAACUAAAUUGUCUCAGAAGCUUUACAGCCUUCAGUCCGUCUUCCAGCAGCUAGAGAGCCACAUAGAGGUACAGCGCGCCACUAUUGAGGAGCUGAUGUCCCGUCCCCGGGGAAAUACUCUCCUCGAGAAAGAAAAGCAACGGAACAUGGAAAAGCAGCGUGAGGAGCUGGUCAACUUCCAGCGUCUCCAGAAUCAGCACCGACAGGAGCAGGUGCAAUGGGAGCAGGAAAGAGCGCAGGUGCAGGCGGAGGCGGAGGUCAGGGAGAUGGAGCUGAGGGACAGAGAGCUGGAAUGCAGAAAACAGGAGAAAAAGCUGGUAGAGGAUAAACAGGAACUAGCCAGGUGUAAAUCUGAAUACCAGAAGGAUCUGGAGCGCCUCAGAGACUCAAUGCGCUUAGUGGAGAAGGAUAGAGAAAAGGUGGAGAAGGACCGAGAGAAGCUGGAGAAAGACAGAGAAAGGCUGGAACAGCUGGAGAAGAAGUAUAAGAAGAAUGAGAAUGUUCUAAACAAUGCCACCUUUCCCAUGGAGAAUGAACAGAUACAGCUAUCUCCACCUUACCCCAUAUUGAAUAUGGUUCCUCCCGACUUCGACGAGAGGCCGCCUCUGGUACCGCCACGCAGGGAGAGCAUCGCCAACCUUCCUGUUAAACCCGAAGUGCCCAUCCACCUCGUUAGCACCACCAACCAACACCACAAAGCAAGCUCCGUUCAACAGAAGAUCCCCACCAAGCUGGCUGCCCAACCUAAAGGCAAGGAGAAGCACAGCAAGCCCAGGAACUCCCACCAGCGCACCAAGAGCGCAGCUGGCAUAGAGGUGUCUCAGUUACUUCCCAUCAAAGUUUCAGGGAAGGAAGGAGGCAGUUUAAGAGGCAUCAGAUCCAACAGUCCCCACCAGCUCAAUCCUGAUAUGUUUAACCAUCCAGAGAAGUUAUCCAGCUCCGAAACCUCUCAUUCAGGAAACGGCACCAAGAACCACAAUCAAAAUGCACAUGGUACCCAUCCAGGACACGGUAAAACCAAAGACAACGCAACUGCAGAAGACAUAUUUUACUUUUAAUAACCCUAUGCAAUCUGCAGUGAUUGUUAUCACUUUAACAAGACCUGCACUGAUGUAAGUGCAUUUUUAAAAAAAUGGACUCAUGCAGAUUUUAAUUAUAAAGUUUUGUUGUUGUAGUUUGUUUUUACUAUGAUUUAAAUUUCAUUGGGAAAGAAAAAAAACAUUCAUUCGCAGAGAAAACUGUUUUGGAGGAUUCACUGCCAGAAGUAGUUGAGAUUUAGGCCUCUUUACUUUAAGUCUGUUUCCUAAAAGAUUUGUGAUCUUAUCAUCCGACGGUCACAGUAUAUCAGUACAAAAACCAGUUCAGGUCCACAUGCUGUUUUUAGUUAUUUAUUGUGUUUUAAUUCAGGGAUGUUUGAUGCCCACAAGUGUUGCACUGGAAAGUCUUAUAAGAGUCAUGUAAUCAAGAGCUUCUCGGUCUUGACCUAUUUAAAGUAUGGAAUAUGUUUUAAGCUUAAAAGUGUAAAUUCCUUUUUGGAGUUUUUCUCCAGUUUCUGCACAGAUCGUGGGAUCUUUUACAUUGUUUUGUUUCCUUUAACUGGAAAAUAAUGUUAUAUUGACCAAAAGAUUUGUAGUAUUUUAGAAAAGAAAUACCUAUGUGUUUUUCUUCGUGAGUUGGGGAUACAUUCUCAUCGCUACUAAAUAUCAAAGGUACCACUGCUUAUCUUUUUUUAGUUUUUGUCUAAAUUCAUGUGGCACAAUUCUGUUGGAUCAUUAUUUCUAUUUCAUACAUAGUCUGGAUUUUCUUAGAAUAAAACAAUCUUAAGCAGAAAUGUACAUUGUAAAUACUGCAGAAGAAAUACAGCUUCUCUGGUUCUCUCAAGGAGUACUGAUGCACUUUUAAGUGCUUGUCAUUUGCUCUGUUACAGAAAUAAACAACACCUGUAUACUC